GAGUCGAAGCCCAACCUCCACUGCAACGCCUUUCUUUAACAUUGCUGUGAGGAGGACUGGGCAGCUCGGAUCAUCAACCCCUUCCAACUACACAGUUAUGGUUAUAUAUUGGUGGUGAUUCUGAUUCAUCUUGGAUGUGGUUGAAUAUAUAUUUUUAUAAGUACACAGUAUUGGAUCUACUGUCUGUUACUGUUGAUUUUGAUGUCCUUGCUUCUUCUAGGAGGCGAAUAAAGAUUCAUUAAUAUCAUGGUUCGGACUUUUUGAAAAUACAACAGAUUGAUACGAUUCCGAAUAGUAGUACUCGUGCAUAGCGGCGACAAGAAUAGAGAAGUAGUGCAACGUGUACUACUUCUGCAACGAGCUACUUCUAGUUCUUGUAGAUUGUAGUUUCAUCUUUCUACAUCCAUGUUCCCUAUCUAAUUUUCGCUUGACGACUACGACCGCCGCACUCUCGUCUUCUCGAGAGAGUCCGGAGACGCCUCAGACCGAACGCGCAAAAGAGACACCCGAAAAGUAUUUUCUUGAAGUUUUGAAAGCCGGAAACAUUACCCCAGAGGUGAGUUCGAAUCC